UAUCCAAUGCAAAGCAAAAGCAGAGGAAAGUUUAUCUUGAUAUCCAAUGCUCAGUGCGUUUCACAAUGUAUAAAAAGCAAAUGUGAUGAAGACAAAAUGAAGGAAGCAAGAUAUUCGCAGCAAUGUAUCUCGAAUUCAGACUUUGAUAAAUCCAAUAUUGGUCAACUAUUUAAAUACAUGCGAUAUGAUUCAAAAGGUGGUAACCUGGUAAACAAACCAAAAGAGGUAAUUAAAGAGUUCUUGAAAAAGAUAUUAACUGAAAUAGACAAGGAUCCCUCCUCUCAGUAUGACAGUCUUGUUAUUAUGUUUGUAUCUGGGAAAUUUGACUCUGAAGCAAACAAGAUUUAUGAUACUCAUGGGAACGAGGUUCCAGAGAAAGAUAUUUUGGACAUCAUUAAAGCAUGUCAUCAUUUUGAUGGGAAACCGAAAAUUGUUUUCAUUCAUACCUACAAUUUUCAAGAAGAAAUUGAUACUUUUGACUCUACAGAUUCUGCAGCAAAUAAUAUCAUCAAGGAUUGUGAGCCUAACAAAGAUGAUAUAUUUGUUAUAUCGAGUUAUCCAAGAACAGAACAAGGUCCAUGGAUAAUUGGCGAAAACAUGAAUGGAUCAUAUUUCAUUCAAGCACUAAUACAUGUCUUCAGGAAUUCUGCGUGUGAGAAGUCAUUUAUUGAGUUGUUAAAUGAGGUGAACACUUGUCUGUUUCAAAGUGUGGUACCGAAAAUGACAGAAGAUGGGAAGACAAAGACAGCUGAGAAAAAACCCGUUGCGCAAGUUGUCUUAUCAGAAUAUUGUGUAGAGAAAGAACUUUACUUUUUUCCAGGACUUGUCCAAAAGGCUAUGGAAAAGUAGCAUUAUUUUCAUACUGUUCAAGGAGUCUAGUGUGAACAACAUAAAAUGAAUAUUACAUUACAACUGACAAUUCACAGAAAAACUUUGCAGAAAAUAUUAGUAAUGGACUAAUUGAGCUGCCUUAAACUCUUUUAGCAAAACAUAAACUGUGACAUCAUUUGAAUGAAUGAAGCUAAUUGUAUCCAUUAUAUCUCUUUACGUUUUGCGAAGUGUUGAUGAAACUAUCAGUAUAAUAUUGCAUAGCUUUUAAGAAACAUAGGCUUGUAUCUAAUUUUUUUUUUAUUUUGGAACACUUUCCAUACGAUUGACACAAAUUCCUUUGUCAACACUUAACAUACAUGUCCUUACCGGGGCCCAAAAGGUAAAUUACAUCUUGAAGGACAUUAAAAAAAAACGUUAAGAGGGAACAUUAAUAGUAAUAGAAGGGUCAUUCCGGUCUAUAAAAUGACAAAAGUAGCAAAGUAACUAAUUUUUUUUUCAAAUUUGUGAAUUUUAUUGAUAAAUAAAUAGGAAGAUUAUGUUAGAAAUGCCAUUUGUUAUUCAAGAAGCACGUCAAAGUUUACAUAUAUGACAUAAUUGACAGAAAUUUUCUUUUUCAGAUAUGUUUUGGUAUAAUUGAAUAUAAGGAACAGCCUGACCGUACAAACGAUAUUGUACUCGUAUUAAUAUCUUCAUAUAAUGAAUCAGACCACAAAUUCAUGGCCCAAUUUUUUUCUUAAUACUGCAAUUUCAGUCAUUCACAGCAUCGUUGUCUUAUGUUAUGUAAAGAGACAGUCAUUUCAAGUCUUCUGGCUUGUGCCGAAAAAUUCAACAAAUCUUUACAUUCAUCUUAGAGAGCACUGGUUCCUGGAAGUUUAUUAAUACAAAAUAUGUGAUCCUAUUUCAAUACCAUAUAUAAAUUUCAUGAAGGGUUCUACAGUGAUCCUAAGUCCUUCAGCUUUUUAAAUAAUACUAACAAAACCCAAAUAAUUUACUAACUUACAAAGUUCCACUUAGGAAGUAUUUUGAUUAAAUAUGUAUUACUU